UUUUUUCAAGCACCACGAGCUCUACUGCUCACACUCACUCACUUACUCAACUCACUCACUUACUGUUCUCAGUUCUCGUUCUCACAUUCACACAACAUAAAGAUGACCACCAGAAUCCCGUCGCACCAGCUCAGCAGCGGGCUAUAUGUCUCCGGUCGACCUGAACAGUUCAAAGAACGCCCGCCCACAAUGGCUUCCAGAGCCGUACCAUACACCGGCGGUGAUGUUAAAAAAUCCGGAGAAUUAGGAAAAAUGUUUGACAUCCAUAUUCUCGAUCAACCUCAAGCUUCAUCUAAUGUUUCGCCUUUGCCUCCUAAACCACCUUCCCGCGCUUCUUCGUCUUCCCAACCGAACAGUGGAUCCGUUCGAUCCGGGUCGAAUUCUGGCCCGGUUAAGAAAUCAUCUGGGCCUUUACCUCUCCAGCCCACUGGACUCAUCACUUCCGGCCCGUUGAGCUCUGGUCCGAGGAGGUCGGGGCCACUGGACGGUACCGGGUCGCUUUCGACGCCGAAAAAGGCAGCGUACGGGUCGGCGGUGACGAGCUUAGGGGAGGAGGUAAAGGUGGGGUUUAAAGUUUCGAGGGCGGCGUUGUGGGUGGUGAUGGUGGUAGUGGCGAUGGGAGUGAUGGUGGGGGCGUUCUUGAUGGUGGCGGUGAAGAAGUGGGUAGUUUUAGUGGCGGUGGGAGCCGUUGUUGUGCCGCUUUUAGUCGGUAUGUUGUGGAACUGUGUGUGGGGGAGAAGAGGGCUGCUGGGGUUUGUUAAGAAAUACCCAGAUGCUGAACUUAGAGGCGCCAUUGAUGGUCAGUAUGUUAAGGUUACUGGGGUUGUCACCUGUGGCAGUAUUCCUUUGGAGUCAUCUUACCAGAGAGUACCUAGGUGUGUAUAUGUUUCCACAGAAUUGUAUGAAUAUAGAGGAUGGGGUGGAAAAUCUUCAAAUCCUAAACACCGUUGCUUCUCCUGGGGAUCUAGACAUUCAGAGAGAUAUGUGUCUGAUUUUUACAUAUCAGACUUUCAAUCUGGUUUAAGAGCCUUGGUGAAAGCAGGCUAUGGAGCUAAGGUUGCACCAUUUGUCAGGCCAGCAACUGUGGUUAAUGUAACCAAAGGAAACAGAGACUUAUCUCCUAGCUUUUUACGCUGGCUAACUGAGCACAACCUCUCUAGUGAUGACUGUACAAUACGCCUCAAAGAAGGCUAUAUCAAAGAAGGGAGUACUGUAAGUGUGAUGGGGAUUGUCCGGCGCCAUGACAAUGUGCUCAUGAUUGUUCCUGCCACGGAGCCUGUAUCAACGGGCUGUCAAUGGACCCGCUGCUUACUCCCAACCUAUGUUGAAGGUCUCAUUUUAACAUGUGACGAUAAUCAAGAUGGUGAUGUAGUUCCCGUGUAAAUGUCUGUUGUAUCAUCUGAAUUUUGUUUAUCAAAGUAAAUAUUGGAAAAUGUAGCUCAUGGAGGCAUCAAACACCGCCGGGCUACAGUUCUUAAUUGUAUGUAAAAGUGGGUAGAAGAUUGAGAAAGAAGAGAAAGACCACAUAGCAAUCAAUGAAUAGUGUACUUGUGAAUUAAUAUGCUGUGAGGACCCUCAUUGAGAUAUCCAGGCUGAAGAAAAUGAAAGAUCUCCCACCUGAGAAGCUAGAAGAUAUGGUAUUGUGCAGUGGCUGCAUAUUUUGGUUUUGGCAGAUUUUAUGUACAUAAAGAUGCAGAGAUACACAGAAGGUCUGGAAAUGCUUGGAUUCUUCGAAUAGAUUGAUUCUAGCUUGGAAGGUAAAAUUAUCAGUGUUCCCAAGAGUUUUUAUGUAAUUCCAGUUGAUUGUAAGUUUGUGAGAAACUCUGUGUAUAUUCUAGUAUUCUACCGUCCAUGUCAUGUAAACUGAUCAAUGCUACUUGUGUAAGAUGGUUGCUGAAUCCCACUUCUUUGAAACCAUA